AUGAUGGGCGGCUCGACACUAGUAGCGACAGCGGUUUUGGUCCUCGCUGGAUCCUUCUCUUUCGAUGCGAUUUUCGCACACGAGGAGCACGAUGCACACUACUGGCAGCACAUGGCACACGAGCUGCUGUUCGAGAAGAAGGAUUACACCAUGCAGAAGAUUAACAUUGCCAAGAACAUCAUGGUGUUUGUCGGAGCCGGCAUGUCCCAGACAACGGUCACAGCCGCCCGCUCCUACAACGGUGGAGACAACGCCACGCUGGCCUUCGAGGAGCUCAAGUGGAGCGGCAAUGCUCGGACAUACUGUGUCGAUAGCCGCGUCCCGGACAGCGCCUGUGCCGGGACGGCCUUCCUGACCGGCGUCAAGUCGAACCGGGGCACGGUGGCCGUGGACCCGACGGUCAACCGGGGCGACUGUACGCUCGAUCCGGCCAAAAAACUCGCAUCGAUCGCCAAAUGGGCCCUCGAGGCGGGCAAAGCUGUCGGAUUCGCGACAACUUCCCGCGUCACUUCCGGCUCGAACGCGGCCCUCUACGCCAACAGCCCGGACAGCCGGUGGGAAAGCGAUGCGGAUGUGACGGGGGCCGGUUGCAGUCCUACCAACGUCCCCGACAUUGCCCAUCAACUGAUUCACGGAGACAUUGGCAAGCAUUUCAAGGUCAUACUCGGUGGCGGACGAAAGCAGUUUCUUCCCACAACCGAAACGGACGCUUCCGGCAACCGUGGGCUGCGAACCGAUGGCAGCAACCUCAUCAGCGAGUGGCAACAGUCGAAGGGUGCCGGAGUGAACGCCACCUACAUCACGAGCGUGGAUGAGCUCGGAAAGCUGGACACUUCGAAGAUCGACUAUCUGCUCGGUCUGUUCGACUACGACCAUCUGCCGUUCAGUACGGACUUUGCCGGCCAGGAGGGUGCGGUGACUCCUCCCCUGGUGCGCAUGGUCCACUACUCGCUCGAGAUGCUCCAGAAGCCGGCACACACCGAGGGGUUCCUGCUGUUCGUCGAGGAUGGCAACAUCCAGCGGGCGCACCAACAGAACAAGGCUCGCAAGGCGCUGGAGCAGGUUCGCCACUAUGCCGGGGCCUUCAACAUGGCCAAAAUGAUGGGCAGCGAGCAGGACACCCUGUUCAUCUCGAUGAACGACGUCGGCAGCACGCUGACCCUUCCGGGCUAUCCGGCCCGUAACUCCGACAUCGUGUCCGCCCCGGCCGGAACCAGCGAUGCCGACGCGUUGCCCUACCUCGGGCUGAGCUACGCCAGCGGGCCCGCUCACUCCACGUUCUACCGCACCGCUACCGGUCGCCUCGAUCCGGUCACGGUGCUGGAAGGGAUGGCCGACCCGCACGAACGAACCUGCCCGGCGUCCGUCCCACUGUCGGCGGGGGUUGACGGGGGUGAAGAUGCGACCGUCUUUGCCGCCGGCCCUUGGGCUUUCAUGCUGUCCGGCGGCUACGAGCAGCACUUUAUCGCGCACACGAUCGCAUUCGCAUCCUGCAUGGAUGGAGCAUGCGACGGGGCCACCACGAUGACCCUUUCUGUGGCCGCCCUGGCGACGGUUGUCCUGGCCAAACUAUUCUCUUAA